AUGCGCUUCCACUCCAUGAAAUCUGGCGGGCGGAUGUCCACAUUCUCAUUGGCGUGCUCAUUCGCUCCAAGAAGCUCAUGCUCACAGCUCAUUCCCAUGCUGAACAAGUGCACCCUCACAAAAAUCGUGGCCAGGCACACACAAUCAAACCUCUGGAUGCAUGCCAUUGGAGCCACGUUACUGAUUAGUGCAGCACCAUGCUUCAUUCUAUUCUUCAUUCCUAUUCAGGAUAACUCCCCUUCGAACGGACCUUGGCUCAAAGUUCUUCUGGCUUUCGGCUCAGGUGGUCUGCUUGGAGACGCAUUUUUACAUUUGAUCCCUCAUGCUGUACCUCACGGUUCCGGCUCUCAUGCGCACUCCCACUCCCAUUCCCACAGCCAUCAAGAAGGGCAUGGACAUGAACCUCAUGAUAUGAGUGUGGGAGGAUGGGUACUUGCAGGUAUUAUUGCAUUCCUGCUAGUCGAGAAAUUCGUUCGGAUUGUUCGUGGAGAAGAUGGUCACGGCCAUGGGCAUUCUCACGGCCAUUCUGCUCCCAAAUCCGAAAAGGUCGCUGCGUACCUCAACCUAGUGGCUGAUUUCGCCCACAACUUUACUGAUGGUCUUGCGAUUGGUGCCUCGUUCAUUGCUGGGACUACUGUUGGUGUCGUUACAAUGGUCACUGUUCUCGUUCAUGAGGUACCUCAUGAGAUUGGAGAUUUCGCUAUUCUAAUACAGUCUGGAUACACUAAAGGAAAG